CCCUAACGUCACUUCCGGCAACAAUAGGAAACGUCAAAAAGUCGGACGGUCGGCAGCUCUGCCUGCUGCAGCUUGAGGUGCGCGGAGUUCAGGGGGAUCCUGCGCUGCUUUUGGCAUUCUCGCCGCUGUUAGCUCCACCGGCGGGAACGAGUAAAGUCUGAACCGGCUUCUCCAUGGCCUGGGCAUCAGUUCCUGGCUGAGCCAUUUUCUUUUUUGACUAAAAGCCCCCGCCCAGAGGCCGAUUCGUCGCGGCGGCGGUGGGGAUCGCAGGUCGCUCAGGCUUGCAGAUGGGUCAGGGGCUGUGGAGAGUGGCCAGAAACCAGCAGCUACAGCAAGAAGGUUAUAGUGAGCAAGGCUACCUCAGCAGAGACCAGAGCAGGAGGAUGGCUGCCAACAACAUUUCUAACACCAGUCAUCGUAAACAAGUCCAAGGAGGCAUUGAUAUAUAUCAUCUUUUGAAGGCACGGAAAUCUAAAGAACAGGAAGGAUUCAUUAAUUUGGAAAUGUUGCCCCCUGAGCUAAGCUUUACCAUCUUGUCCUACCUGAAUGCAACUGACCUCUGCUUAGCUUCAUGUGUUUGGCAAGACCUUGCAAAUGAUGAACUUCUUUGGCAAGGGUUGUGUAAAUCCACUUGGGGUCACUGUUCCAUAUAUAAUAAGAACCCACCUCUAGGAUUUUCUUUCAGAAAAUUGUAUAUGCAGCUGGAUGAAGGCAGCCUCACCUUUAAUGCCAACCCAGAGGAGGGAGUGAACUACUUUAUGUCCAAGGGUAUCCUAGAUGACUCACCAAAGGAAAUAGCAAAGUUUAUCUUCUGUACAAGAACACUAAAUUGGAAAAAACUGAGAAUCUAUCUUGAUGAAAGGAGAGAUGUCUUGGAUGACCUUGUAACAUUGCAUAAUUUUAGAAAUCAAUUUUUGCCCAAUGCACUGAGAGAAUUUUUUCGUCAUAUCCAUGCCCCUGAAGAGCGUGGAGAAUAUCUUGAAACUCUCAUAACAAAGUUCUCACAUAGAUUCUGUGCUUGUAACCCUGAUUUAAUGCGAGAACUUGGCCUUAGUCCUGAUGCUGUCUAUGUACUGUGCUACUCUUUGAUUCUACUUUCCAUUGACCUCACUAGCCCUCAUGUGAAGAAUAAAAUGUCAAAAAGAGAAUUUAUUCGAAAUACCCGUCGUGCUGCUCAAAACAUUAGUGAAGAUUUUGUAGGGCACCUGUAUGACAACAUCUACCUUAUCGGCCAUGUGGCUGCAUAAAAGCACAAUUGCUAGGACUUCAACUAUUAACUUCAAACUAAAGUUACCCAAGGACUUAUUUAGCAGAUAUGGGGGUUACAUUAGUGCUGGUCAUUCUAGCCUCUAUAUACAAUCAAGCUCGAGUGUACACCUUUUUUUUUCUUUUACUAUUUUCUUUUUUAGUAAUUUCCUUGGGGAACUAAAGAAUUUUGCAGAAUUUUUCUUAAUUUUGCUUAUCAUGUUUUGCACAAAGCAGAGCCAUUGUCUGACCCAGCUGUUUAAGAAUGUUAAACUGACAUACUCUAAAAGAUGGUAUAUUUGUGCAUUAGAUUUGCUUGAAAAACUACUCAUUUUCAUUCUUUUUUUAAAAUACCAUGUAAUGUGUACAUAUUUAACUAAAGAGAUUUAUAAUCAUAAUUAUUUUAUUGUAAAGAUUUUAACUAAAGCCUUUUCUUUUUCUCUCAAACUGAGUUCUGAAAUUUAUUUGAUUGUGAUCUGAGCUUAUUACUAUCUUCAUAAAAGUUGGAUCUCACUUGGAUAAAAACCAAUACCAGUUUCUCUUUCCUUUGAACUUUGAAAAGAGUAUUGAUUUAUUACUAGUAAUAAGCAAAACAAGCACUUAUUUUUAUAGUAUAAAUUCAUCACUUAACCUUCCAUUUUUAAAAGUUCUGGGUUACUCAUUUCUCAUUAAGUCCUUUAAAGCAUUUGAGAUAGCAAAUUAUGUUAAAAUCUGGGAUUCAUAUAUAUAGGAACAGAAUGGUUUUAGAACUUAUAUCUUUUGUGAUUAGUCAAGCUUUACCAUUCUCUUAACUUGAUGAUUUCUGUUUAGAAUCAGUUGACAAAGGGAUAUUAUAAAUGAAUAAAUUAUCUUUAUUCAUUCAUUCAUUCAAUAAAUAUUUACUAAGGGCCUUCUGUGUACUAAACACUGGGCUGGGUAGUGGCAAUACCUAGACAUAGGCCCUGCCUUCAUAGAUAUUACAUGAGUGGUAACGAAAAGAAAAAUAGUGCUUCAUGGAGAGCAAGUGUAUAAACAUAGCUUAAUUAACAAUUAUAAUUAUGAAAUAUGUAGCAUUGAAAUGAUAAAGAACAGUAUAUUUAUUUAUAUGUAAGUCAGAAGUUUCCUGGGAAUACUGCUAAGUAAAAAGCAACAGCUUUGAAAUGAAACACUAUGUGAUGAGUAGAGCUGCUAGCCAAGGGGGAGGAACUCAGAAGAAGAGUAGAAACUUUUUACCAGAAGUGUACAGUCCCAGCUUCUUUCCAGAUCUGGUCCUAACUGAAUAGUGGUUGGUAAUAAGAAUUUUCAGUGAGAAGACAUAGGUAGUGACAGUUUUGGAAGUCAAAGGGACUUUUAGGCUGGAAGCAAACAAGUUCUCAGAUCUUGAGGAAAAUACCUAAAUUUUCACAUGUGCAUAAUUUUGAAUUCCAUGACAAAAUAAUUCUUUGUAAUUUUUAACUUCAAAACUAAUUUAUUGAAAACUUUGAGAAGACCAACAGUAAUGAUAACAUUGUAUCAUUUGUAUUUUCCCAUGAAUGGCAGGCAUCUUGCCCUAUCUCUUUUUUUUCCUAUCCCUGUCUCUCCCUUACCAUUAGGUUUUUCUCUACCUCUGUUUUAGUUGUAUUCUCUUUUCUUUCCUUAUAUUUCUUUUUUGUAUCCUACAUUUCCAACUUUCCCCUUUUUCCUGUUCUUAUUUUUUUCUGCCCUGGCCAGAUUAUAUAUGUAGAUUGGCAGUAUUAUUUUUUUAACAUUUUUUAAUGAAAAUUUUCAAGCAUGAAAAUUAAAAUAUUUUAUAGAGAGUACCUAUAUAACCACUAUGUGGAUACUACAAUUAGAGUAUUACUGCAUUCACUUUAGCAGAUAUUUAUCCAUCCCUCAGUUCAUCAAUCAACCCAUCUUAUUGUACAGGUAAUAGAAGUUUCAGACAUCAGCACACUUUGUUCCUAUAGAAUUCAACUUGUAUAUGAUUAGCUAGAGAUCCACUUUUUAAAAAUUCUUUUUUCUUUAUAGGUAAAAUUUACAUUCAAUGAAAUGCAAAAAUAUUAAGUGUACUAAUCCAUGAAUCGUAAUAAAUCCAUGUACUUGAGUAAACAAAGCCCAUAUCAAGAUAUUCAACCUUACAUAACCUAUUUACAGUUAAUAUUUGUACCCCUUCACUUAACAUAUAGAAACCUUGUAACCAUAUAGGUAUGUUUACCCAAUUCCUACAUUUGUUAUCUUAUAGUUGUCAUAUGUAUUACAGAUAGCAUAUUUUACAAACUCCACAAUGUAAUAAUUUGCUUUGAGUAGUCAUAUACAUUUUUUUUGUCAUAUACAUUUUAAACAACGGAAAAAACCCUCAUUUAUAUGUACCCACAUUAUCAUUCUAAUGGUUUUAUUCCUUCCUGAAAAUCCAAGUUUCCUUGGAGUAUCACUCAUGUCAACCUGAAAAAUAUUAACAUCUAUAACAGUUCAGGUCUGCUGGCAAUCAAUUAUCAUAGUUUCCUUGUACAUGAAAAUGUCUUUAUUUUGGUUUCCUUUUUGAAGAAUACUUAUGCUGCAUAUAUAAUUCUGUGUUGACAGUUUCUAACCCUCAUCAGCAUUUAAGUAUAUUCCUCCACUGUCUUCUGUUCUCCAUUGUUUCCAGUGAGAAGUCCGUAUAUUCAAAUUUUCUCCUUAUAUGUAUAAAAAUCCCAUUUUCCUCUGAGUUUUUUUUUUGUCAAUUAUUCUUCAGUCUCAUUCCUCUCUCCCCUUUUAUACAUAUGCUAGAACUUUUGAUACCAUCUUGCAGAUUUUUUUUUAUCUUCCUCUUUUCUUCAGUUGGAUUAUUUCUCUUGAUCUCUGUUCUAGGUCACUGACUCUUUUGUAAUCAUUCUUUUAAGCUCAUUCAAUGAACUAUUUUAAUUACUGUGCUUUUUGGUUCUAGAAAUUCCUUCAAGUUUUUAUAAUCUAUAUUUCUUUGCUGAGAUUUCCUGUCUUCAUUUACUGCAAGCACAUUUUCCCUUACAACCUUGAACAUAGUAAAAUAGCUGCUUUAAAUCUCUAUCAUUUUAUCUUCUUUGAUUGUCUCUUCUUUUGAGAAUAGAUUAUAUUUUCCUGUUUCUUCAUAUGUUAGUAAUUCAGACUUUGUCCUGGACACGGCAAAUAAAAUAUGUAGAAACCCCGUAUUAUGAUACAUUUCUCCAAAGACUUUUUCUUUUUCUUUCUUUCUUUCUUUUUUUUUUUUUUUAAAGCUGGAAGUUAACUGGAAGAACUCAGUUGCAAGUUCUGGCUCCCCUGAAGUUGCUCAAAUGUCAGUUCACUUUUUUAACCUGGAAUCUUUUCUGUAUGUACAUAUUUCAGAGAGAAACCAGAGUUUGGGGCACAGUUCAUACACAAAAAUUAGAGUGCUUUCUCUUCUUCUCUUGCCAUUUUUUCUUUCUUCAUUUUCUUGCAGCUGCUUUUGCUCCAAACUGUGCCCCAUGGUUCUUCAAGUCAGUAACACAAAAGGCUUCUAGGAUGCAGACUGGGGGCUGCCCACAGACAAAAGCUAUAAAAAUGGGAAACUCAUCUACUGCUAUUCCCUUCUUCCAAGUAUUCUCUCCAAUGUAGGAUCAGCCUAUAUUGGGUUGCUUUCCAUUACUUUCAGGUGGUUGAUUUCUAAACUUUGUCCAAAAUUUGUGGUUUUAUCUGUUCAAGGAUUGGUCUGAAAGAGCUACUUGGCCAUCAUUUGAAGUAGAUCUCUCUUUAAUUGGACAGUAUUUGUACUACUUACUUGCUUACUAAAUAGGGAUUUAUUCCUGGCAUUUUAAAAACUAGGUGAGGGCAGCCCAGGUGGCUCAGCGGUUUAGCACCGCCUUCGGCCCAGGGCAUGAUCCUGGGAGACCCUGGAUCAAGUCCCACGUAAGGCUCCCUGCAUGGAGCCUGCUUCUCCCUCUGCCUGUGUCUCUGCCUUUCUCUCUCUCUGUCUCUCAUGAAUAAAUAAAUAAAAUCUUAAAAAAAAAAACUAGGUGAGUAUAAAUCUAAAUGCUCUAUUAAAUAAUAAAAAAAAACCCUCAGCAUAAUAAGUGUUUACUGGAUGCUUACUCAAUUAGAAAUUCAGUGUUUUCCAAUGGAGGUCCUACUGGCUUAGGGGGAAGGGUAUUCAUUACAGGAUACUGCCCUCUACAGUAUGGGACAUUAACAUGCCUGGAUUUUGCAUACUAGAUGCCAGUAGCAUUCCUCAGUUAUUGUAAUAUACAAAUAAUGUCCCCAUGGAUUUCCAAGUGACUAAAGUUGAGAACUAGUGGAUCUUCUUUCUGAUAAAACAAAUUUAUCUUUCUAUAACCAAAACUCCUUAUGACACAUCUGUUUAAAGUCUUUCAAUGCAUUCCUUUCUACAAAAUUAAGCCUUACCAUGGCAUAUAAAGCUGUACAACCUGAGGGUGCCUGGGUGGCUCAGUUGGUUGAGCAUCUGACUCUUGAUUUAGGCUCAGGUCAUGAUCUCAGGGUCCUGGGAUUGAGCCCCGAUUGGGCUCCAUGCUUCCUCUUUCCUCUGCUUCUCUUCCUCUACCCCUACCCGCCCCCCAUGCACUCUCUUUCCCUUUUUCUCUGAAAUAAAUCAAUCUUUAAAAAAAAAAAAAAAAAAAAGACUGUGCAAUCUGGCCUCAGCUUAUCUUUCUUUAAAGCCUUAUCUCCAGCAUUCCUCAAAUGUGGUCUGAUCUGUCUUUACCUUUUAUAAACUGGCAUUUCUGUGACAUCCUGCUCUCCCUUCUAUAUCUAAAGUUCCCCUACUCAUCAUCUAAGGUCUACCACAAAUAUAACUUAUUCAGCAAAGCUUUCAGAGGCUGCCUUUCUAUUAUAAGGCUUGAACUAGGUAAGUGGCAGAGGAUUUAGAGAGGAGAAAUGAAUAAAAAAUGAAAAUGAAAAUUGAUAGGAUUUAGUGAUUUUGAAGGAAGUUUUUUGAUAUAAGAAUCUGGUUGUCCUACUAUUCUAGGUAGCUACUAAGAGAAGCAACCAGUGGAGUGAUAUGGAACAGAUAACGAUCCCAAUUUUUGGAUAUUUUGAAUAUUGAAAGUAUCAAUAGAACAUUGGUUGCAGCUGGAGAAGAAGGCUGAAAAAAAGCAGAGGCUGGAUAUUUAAGUUGGGAUCAUAUUAGUAAAUAAAAGGUGUUUUGUUAAGUGAAACACUGGAAAGAACUCUCAGCAGUUUGAGUAAAAAAAUUGGGGGGAAACAACAUUUUAGGUUUUGAUAGACAGAGGGUUUGUGAAGACUAUAGAAGGACCAGAGAAGCAUGGUAUCCCAAGAGCUAGGGAAGUAGGGUUUCAAGAAGAAUGCUGAGCUUGCAAUACGUGCAGCUCAACCAAGUGGUUUGUGUCCAAUCUAUAUUCAGGCUUCUUUGGGUCUACCUUUUCCGCUUGAGGCUGAGUUCUUUAGUUACAGUAGUGCUAAUGGCUUUUAUAUUGUCUCUGAUCAAAUAUUCUCUUACCCUCAAUGCGUAAUCUGAGCUCUGCUGAAACCCACAAGAGUACUUAUGGUCCACCACAGCUCAGGCCUGUCUACACCUUCCAUCCCCACUAAGGGCUGUGCUGUUUCAAGCCCAGAACAUACCACACCAAUCGCAUACUGCUAGUGCAUUUUUCCUAUACACAAUUACCAAUUGUGUUUUCUAGUAUACUUAAAAAAAAAAAAAAAAGAAGAAGAAGAAGGUAAG